AUGUCGAGGACGAGCGUCUCCAGCGAACGCAUAGAAGAGUUCGCCCAAGAAUUACUCCCACUCGACCACAGAGCUUCAAACGACGACACACAACGAAAUGAAGACAGCGAGCCAGAAUCAGAGUCCGAGCACUCACGCCCACCAAGCAUCCAGCACGCGAAACAGAAACCAUCUACUGCGCAGAAAAUAGGCGCCUAUUAA